AUGGCAAAGAAGAACCAAAAGGACACUUCGGGGGUGGUGUUUGACACACGCUCAAAGAUGGUGAUGUCCCAGGGAGGUCCGCCAGAAAGGAUGAAGGAAAAGAUCAGCGCCGUCAGGGCAGUUGUCCCCAACAAAAGCAACAAUGAGAUUGUUCUGGUGUUGCAGCAUUUCGAGAACUGCGUUGACAAGGCUGUUCAAGCGUUCUUAGAAGGUAGUGCAGUGGAGAUCCUGAAGGAGUGGAAUGUCACCGGCAAAAAGAAGCCCAAUAAGAAAAAGAAGCCCAAGCCUCAGCCUGAGGCUCCGGCAGAACCCAGACCAUCUGAGGCCGCGCCACUCGAAGAGGUCAAGGACAAGACCAAUGGCUUCCAUCCAAAUGGAUCAUUGGUGGAAGGGGAGUCACUUGACUCGCUGAGCGAACAUCUGGACUCAGCCUCCCUGGAUGCAUCGGAGCUGGACUCUGAAUUAACUACGUCUGAAAUUGCAGGUGCAGAAAUGGAAGGUUCGCCCUCUCAAGCAGCACGAGGUUCUCACCAGGGGUCCAGAGGUAACAAAGCACGAGAUUCACGUCAGAACUCCUCCCUGGCACACCCUGACGGGCAGAGUCAGCUACGGUCGUCCACGGGCAAGAAGAUUGCCCCCAACAUCGACCGCUCCGUGAAGGACCUGCAGCGAUGCACCGCUUCGCUGACUCGCUACCGGAUGUUGGUGAAGGAGGAGAUGGAGUCGUCCCUCAAAAGGAUGAAGCAGACAUUUGCUGAGCUCCAGACGACCCUAAUGGACAGAGAAGUGACACUGCUGGCAGAAAUGGACAAAGUGAAAGCAGAGGCCAUGGUGAGUUUGAACGCCCGACAAAAGCGCGCUGAAGAGCUUCGCAGGCUGACCGACCAAUCGGCGUCUAUGUCCGAAGAACAACUGACAGAACUGCGGGCCGACAUCAAGCACUUUGUGAGUGAGCGCAAAUAUGACGAGGACCUUGGCAAAGCGGUUCGAUUUACAUUUGAUCUGGAGCCGCUGAAGACGAGCAUCGUACAAUUUGGAUCUGUUUACCAUCCCCGAACGGGUUACUCUGAUAGAUCCCGUUGCAGCUCCACAUCCUCCUCAGUGGUCAGCCCGACAAUUGUGGAAAGCCCUCCUCCCAGCCAGACCCAAAGCCCUCCCAGCCGUCCCCCGACCAAACAGAUCUUCCAAGGCAACCGCCGUACGUUCCAUGGAGCGGGCUAUCAGUUGGGCGGCCAGCGCUACAACAGCUCGAAUCACGAUCGACGCCCUGAUAAUCGGCACCGGGGCGGCGAAGGCGGCCCUUCGAACAGCUCCCGAGGCGCCUCCUACUCAGCAACCCCCAACCAAAGCCGCGCUUCUCACAAUGGUCUCCCGCAAAGGCUCCCGCGGAUGCCUUGCCCUUGA